AUGCCUCGCGUGCGGACCUCGCGUCGGGUGUCUGGCUUGAAGGAGACCGAUUAUGACCAUGAGAUUGCCCUCGUUGAUGACGAUGGCGCGCCAGAUAUCCUUGUCAACGAUAGUUCGAAAUCCAACGUGUCUGUAGGGGCAAGUCGCGGGGAACCCUCCACCCAGCCGCAGGAUACCAAUGUGUCCCCGGGCUCGUCAGCGGAGUCUGGCAACGCAUCCCCCACCGGAGACGGGACCCAGCCGACGAGCGGCAGUGCUGAGCAGGCAGGAAGGGAAGGCCGAGGUCAUGGCCGCGGCCCCUCCAUCGAGAUACUUGACGCGACUCCCUCCGUCGUCAAGACGACUACAACAAAAAGCAGAAAAAAGCUGUCAAAAGCCCCAACACGCGAAGGUGAUGAUGUCGUCGACAUUCUGUACGAAAAUGAACGCGGUGGGAUCUUGUGCGGAGUUACCCUGUUUUCUUCCAAGGCUCUGGGCAAUCUUGACCCGCCUCCGUGGACGAACUCUUUCCACAAGACGAGCCCUACCGAUCCUCAGACGACCCAGCUGCCAGACCCAACUUGGGAGUGGGCGUGGCCAGAAUGGCGUAUCCACCACCACCACGAUGUCGACGAAGGCGGGUGGGAGUACUCUUUCAUGUUUUCCAAAAGGUUUUCAUGGCACGGCCCUCACUGGUGGAAUUCCUUUGUACGAAGGCGAGCCUGGAUUCGUAAGCGCGUCAAGAAGGACCCCGAGUGUCUCCUCGCGACCGCGACCGAUCCCCACCUUUUGAGCACAGAUUACUUCACAGUCGUCUCCCCGAGCAGCUCGAGGCAGAGCCAUUCCCGCUCGAGGAGCCGCGGAAGCAGCACCGGGGUCGCAAGUGCAAGGCUGAGCUUCAGCAGCCAGCGCUCGGAUGCCGAAUCCGUCUUUGACCCCGUCCACGACCGCAUCGCCGACAUGGACACGCUACUGCAUGUUUUACGAAAGGCGAGAAUCGACCGCGAGAAGCUCGAGGCCGUCGGAAACUACCUGGAGCAUGGAAGCGGCGAUCUCCACAACCUGGGCCCCCAUAUGCACGAGAUUAUGGUUAUUUUCGUGUUUCAGGCGUCCCGGAAGCUGCUCCUUUCCAACAUAUCCUCUGCUCUGGACCACACGACGCAAGAGCUCGAGAAAGAGGCCACCCCGGAGCUGCAGGAACGAAAGGCGAGCCUCGAAAUCGCCGUCAAGCACGCCGACGAAGAGGUUAGGAAACUAGCCUACUGGAGUGAUAUCAAGGGCAUGGUGGAAAAGGGGAAACCGCCAACGGUGUCCGACCAUCCAAGGGAUGGGGAGAGAAAUGGGAAGGCGUUGAUCAGAGCGGCCCUGCUGGCCCCGCCGGGCCCCGGAACCGGCCAUCUCAGCAGGACGAAGCCGGGCCUUCGUAGGAACACAACACGCAAGGGAUGCAUCAGCGGACUGCCCGGCGCGGCGCAGGCUCCAUCAUCUAGGCGCGCGGCAAACACAUGGGACAAGGUCCCGAACCUGAAGCCCAUCGCCAACAAGUCGCUCCGCGUCCCCAAGAACCCCGAGCUGGUGAAGCCCCUGCUGUCCUACCCGACUUCAAGGGCGCGGAUGCGCAACGAGGCCGCCGUGCAUCGGAGCGUCACCUCCCAGAUCAUGCAGGAAGAACACCUGAAGGCUCAGGGGCUCGCCAUGCCCUCGUGGACCGAUACCCUGCGGCUGCUGGAGAAGCGGACGCCGAAGCGAAACCGCCCGUGGACGAAGCACGCGCUCAAAAUCGUCGUGCCUACCGAGUACAUCAAGACCCUCACCACUAACCUUGAUAACAAUAUAUGGGAUAUACACGGUCGUACCGGCUGCGAGAUUGAACUGUACAAGGGCAUGGAGGGCGACGGCCGCUCGGCCGUCCUCCUGUCCGGUGACGAUGUGGCCGUCAACGACGCGACGCACAUCAUCCUCGACGUCUGCGAGGACGCCCAGGUCUUCGCACCCGAUCCCUCGAACCCGGACGCCUCCCUCCUCCGCGGCGAUCCCGUUUUGGCGAAAGAAAUAUGCAUCGCCAGCAAAAUCACACACCAGCCCCGCUCACUAAUGAAGGACAGGAAAUCCCCUUACUUCUGGAACCACCGCCUCGAGGAUCUUCCGAAACCCCGAACCUGGGACCAGUUCUCCUUCUUCCAAUAUAUCCGCACCCUCACCCUCGUCAAACUACGACCCCACCGGGCCAUCGAAUUCUACGGCACCCCUCAAGCGACCGACGAAGUCGUCAUGGUUCUCAUCCAUGAGGCGUUCCGAGACCGGUCCGCCGCCGAUGCCGUGACUGCCGCACGCGCGCCGCCUUUUACCCAGCUGCAAAUUCGAAAGCUGCCCGUCGACGUCGACGUCUUCAACAAGUUCCUCUAUGGAUCUGCCAAGGUCCGAGACUUGAACAACUUCAACCAAAUGCUUAACUUCAUGGACGGCUACGGCUGUGUUCCCAAUUAUUCGACCUGGCGUUUCUUCCUACAAAUGGUGUCGGACGAGCAGGCGAAGCGGGAUAUUGUGAGGUCCAUGGACAGCCUCGGCCUCCUCCAAAACCCUCACGCCGUCAACGACAUGGUCAGGGACCUCGUCGGCUUCGAUAUGCACCGCGCGGUUGAAGGGGGCAAGACCGUCAAAGAGUUCUGCAAGCAAAUGGAUGAGGCGUAUGGCCCGACCUGGCCCUCCGUCACAGCCCUCAACAGGAUGCUCAACGUGUGCGGCCACUUUGGACGCUCCGAUAUGUGCUUCGAGCUCCUCGACCACUUCGAAACCGAGUACAGGAAGCUCCCCACCACGACGACCUUUAUAACGAUGCUUACCACCAUGCGUGUAACUAAUGAUUUCCCCGGGGCGUUGUCCCUCUUGGAAAGGAUCGAGAAGCUGCCAUGGUGCAACAAGUCCCACCACUUCACCCGAGACCUUUCCACGAUUGCAUGGAACUCCAAGACGGAACGACUCUUGGGUUACUUUGGAAUGCCCGCCUACGUGCCCUUGGAGAUUAGAAACUCCUUCAACGAGGAGCUUGCCACCCAUCCCGAGCAAAAGGAGCACAAGGGGGCGGUGAUUUCGAAGCUCAUCCGGACCGUUUGGCACGGCUAUAACCCAAUCAUCCCGCUUUCAGAAAUGAUCAAGAAGGCCUGGGCCUACGACAAACAGCUCAUGGCCCUGUGCGACGAAUACUCUGGCCAGCCCGGUUCCCAUGUACUAUCAAUCAGUGACUCUGUCCGCGACAAGACGCUGGAGAUUCCCGUCAAAGGCGGCAGAGAAGGCAAGACCCGAAAGGUCACGAUACGGCUAACCACGGCCGCCAUCUUCCACAACCACCCGGACGAGUGGUUCCGCAACCCACGAAACUACCCCUACGUUCGAUUCUCGCCCAGCCGCGUCCUCAUCAUGUCUCACCAAUCCCAGCCUACCCUGCAAGCUCACAAUCAGGAAACCCCCUCAAGCGGCCGGAUCCGACAGCGUCCAACGCCACAAACCCGCCGGCAACCACGGAGGAGGAAGAGUUUGAUGAUGAAGACGUCCCGGAGUGGGUGA